AUGGCUACACGACAGGGUCUGAGUUCGCUGUUGAAUACACCCAGGCCGUUCACUUUCAUCCAGUCAAACUCGAUAAUCUGCCGACAAUGUCAAAGAUCAUUCGCAACAACACCAACCCAGUGGGCUGGACACAACAAAUGGUCCAAGACAAAGCAUAUCAAAGCUGUGACGGACAAGAAGAAGAUGAGCGAGAGAGCUGCCUUUACUAAGACAAUCGCCAUGUACUCUAGAAUGUAUGGAGAAAAUGUCCAAUUUAACCCUCAACUUGCCACUGCAAUUACUGCAGCGACAAAAGCGAGUAUUCCAAAGCACUUGAUUGAGGCUGCAGUUGCUCGAGGGCAGGGUCGUUCAGCCACGGGUGCCCAGCUUGAAUCUAUGUCUCUAGAAGCUCUCAUGCCUCCUGAUGUAGCAAUGGUUGUCGAUGCUGAAACAGACAACAAAAGCCGUACUCUUCAUGAUCUACGCCACGUCGUGAAGAAAGCAGGCGGCGUCGUCGGAUCCACCACCUUUUAUUUUACGAGACGUGGUCGAGCCGUCUUCAAGGCCAAAGAAAACGGACCUACUUUGUCCGAGGUCCUCGAUGAAGCGAUUGAGCACGAAGGACUUGAGGACGUCGAGGAGCUGCCAGAAGGCGAUUUCUUGGCUUGGACGCAACCCAACACUCUUACAGCCAUCACUGAAGCUCUGUCUAAGAAGUUCGAGCUUGAAAUCUUGGACUCGGAUAUCGUCUGGGCACCCAAUGAGGACACAAAGGUCAGCGUCGACACGGCCGAUCAAAUUGAAUCUCUCGACGCUCUCUUCAACGGGCUCAAGGAAUAUCCCGAAGUCAAAGCCAUAUAUGCCAAUGUGCGACAGGGGGCGGUCGCAGACGAAGAGUGGGACAAGGUUGAAAGAAAUUUGGAUGUAUAA